UAAUAGAUAUAUAAGUAGUGAUCGAUCCAUUAUGCCCAGUAUCCUUCAGUAAUUUGAUUGGAACGUGGACUGACUUCAAUUUUUUGGAAACACGAAAAUAUAUUAGAAUGAAGAGUCUCAUCCUCAUCACUGUGCUGUCAGCUCUUGUAGCCUGUUAUGAAGCUUCUGCAGAGUUGCCCGGGGGCUACAGCGUAGUCUAUGAUGAUACUGUCGACGGGAAUGUAAUGCCCAACACAGAAAUUAAUGCAAGAAACCAAAAUUUUAGAUUGAUAUACGAGGUGGUGGCUGUCGCGUCAGCAGCAAUCGGCAGGGUGAAGAAUUCCUUCGUGACGUACCAAGGCCCAAAUAACGUAAGGGUAGACAGAUUAGUCAUAACUAAUCAUGUCCAACCUGCAUCUGUAUUCCACAGUACAUUAGGCACGAACAACAUGGAAGUAAGAUUUGUAUCAAACGUCAGUCAACCUAUCUCGUCAACUGUUCGCAUGUACCAGCGCAGCGGAGCAGGGAGAGCAUUCGGCGAACCAGCUUUUCACUUAGUCGUUUUAGUUCUAAUGUACUUCGGCUUCAGUCAAUUGGCGUAAUUGUUUUAAAAUAGUAUUGUAUAUACACUGUACUUGUAAGUAACUAAUAAAAGUCAGACUGGGAGAAAAUGCUUGCGGCAUUAAGUCCACCUAUUGUACAUCGAGUGAAUGAAGUAUAAUAAAUAAAUAAUUAAUACCUAC